GUUUCUUUUCAUCCUUCACCCUUUCAUCUCUUCUCAUCUAACUCUACCAAAUACACCAUUAUGACCUUUAGGACAAAAUUGCACGGAAUCGGAUCCAAUCCGUUAAGUAAUUAAUUGGCAUAUUAUCGCUCCUAAAUCCUAAUCCGACGCUGAGUGAGAUACAAGGAACAGACAAGACAAGGAGUGAGUGAGGACCGAGGAACACACAAAGACAAGACAAAGGUAAAUGGAUCGUGUUCAAGUGCAUAUGCAUCUCAUCGGCCAGAAUGGACACCCUUUUGCAAAAUGCUUCUUCACUUUUCUUCAAUUCAUCACUUUCUACUACGCCUAAAAUUUCCCGUUACCAGGUUCGCUUUUCCAUCCCUCCCAAUCACAAACCCAGAACCAGAAGAAGGGCCUUCACCUUGAACAUGGCACACACCCCAGUUACCCUUUUAGCUGUUGAGCAACACAAAGUGAUAAUACCCAACAAGCACGGUGAAAAACUAGUGGGUAUAUUACAUGAAUCUGGAAGCAGGGAGAUUGUAAUCUUGUGCCACGGUUUUCGCUCCUCAAAAGAAUCCAAUUCCUUAGUGAAUCUUGCUGCUGCUUUGGAAAAUGCCAGAAUGAGUUCUUUCCGCUUUGACUUUGCUGGAAAUGGGGAAAGUGAUGGCUCAUUUCAGUAUGGUUACUAUUGGAGGGAGGCAGAAGAUUUGCGUGCUGUAAUUCAACAUUUUCAUGAAUCAAACCGUGGAGUUAGUGCCAUUGUCGGGCACAGUAAAGGAGGUGGCGUGGUGCUUCUUUAUGCUUCUAAAUAUCAUGACAUUAAAACAGUUGUCAACCUAUCUGGACGCUAUGAUCUGAAAGUAGGAAUCGAAGAACGCCUUGGAAAAGAUCAUAUUGAAAGAAUUAGGAAGGAUGGUUUCAUAGAUGUGACGAGGUCAGGAAAUUUUGAGUACCGUGUGACUUUGGAAAGUUUGAUGGAUCGCUUAGAUACAAAUAUGCAUGAAGCUUGUCUUCAGAUUGAUAAAGAAUGCAGGGUCCUAACAGUUCAUGGUUCUUUGGACAAAGUUGUCCCCACUGAUGAUGCAUAUGAGUUCGCCAAGAUUAUACCAAAUCACAAGUUACAUAUCAUAGAAGGAGCUGAUCAUUCAUUCACUAAUCAUCAAGAUGAAUUAGCCUCGGUUGUUGUGAACUUCAUAAAGGAAACCUUGCACCAGGAUAGGAGUACUGCUAACUAGAUCUUGCAGUUUCAAGCCAGUUGAAUUCCUACUGAUGACAAUUAUUUUUUCUUGUCAUGGAUGAACCUGCCUUUGAUGUUCUACAACAUAUUUGAGCUCUUCUAGUUUUUGCCUAUUAAAUUAGUGAAUCUUGCAUCAUGGUGAAAAUAACGGCGAAAGCAGUAUCUGCGAGUGUUAUUUACCUCUGAUCAGAUGCAUGUACAAAGUUACUUUGACAUUAUCAAUUUAUGAAUGCAAACAGUUAUCUCAUGGUACCACCCUGUGGCCAGGGCAAAAGCCUUAGAGGGGUUAUAUAACUACAAAUGAUCAUAUAUAACGGUCAUCCUAGUUAUGUGUGUGCUAAGUUCCACAUCUCAUAUUCGUUGUGGGUAAAUGUUAUGACAUGGAAACUUCCUAGUUUUUACACUAUCUUCUAUUAGUAUAAUUUAUUUCAUUUUAUUUUUUACAUGUAUUUCUCUCACAUUCGAAAGGUGUGUGGAGUGGGGACAUCUUGUAUUAUUACCGAAGGAAAAAAAAAAUCUCAUGCUAGGAACUUCCUAGUUUUUGUUUUUUGCUGAA